AAAUAUAAUGAAUGAAGAUUUGAAUGAAGAUUGCAUAAUUUCAGUGCUCGAAAAAAUUGCCGAAGAAUUAGACGGAGCAAGUAUAUUGUUUCAAAUUGCACUUUUGAAUAAAAAGUGGAACCUUCUGGCAACUAAGUGCCUUUAUAAGGAUCCAUGGAAGUUUUGGUUAUACCGUCGUGACCCAUUAUUAGCAAAGAAAUUAAUAAAUACUUACAUUUUAUGCAAUAACGCUAAUCCAAGAAAUAGUAAAGCAGGCAGAGGAGAUGAGCCAAUUUCAAAAAAGCUUUGCACCAAAAAAAACACACAAGAUACAUAUACUCCUAGAUAUGAUUACAUUUCGAUGGCAAAAAACUUGCAUAUGCCUGCCUUGUAUCAAUGUAUAGAACGGUAUUACGAACCAAAAGAAUCUCCAACCGAUAUAACAGACGAAGUGAGAUUAGAGGUUAACAAUAAAUUUUCUCAGAUUUUUAGAAAGUUUAUUGAUAGUGCACAUAUUAAAGAAUGUACUUUUCACCAAUCGACAUCGAAUGACAAUGAUGCAUAUCCGGUAACAUUGCAAGAUUUAAAUCAACUUAUAAUAGCUAAAGGCACUAUUUUGCGCUAUCUGAACUUGGGAUUUUUCAAGUGUAAUGAUGAAGGCUUGGAAGUCCUUACUAAAGGGUGUACGGCACUGGAGACAUUCAAAAUUAAGGCUUCUGAUUGUUCAGACAGAGCAUUGGCAAAUUUUUUGAGAGCUUCACGAGAACUAAAAAAACUUAAAAUACGUGAUGCAGACGGAAUGAAAGAAACCAUGGACGCGAUAAAAACGCAAUCACAGUCCCUUGUGAAACUUCGCAUUCUCAACUGUAAUCUUGAAAAUUGCACAAUGCCAUUUACUGGUAUUGGGGAUUGUACUCGUCUCCGUUCGCUCUAUAUGCGUAAAAUACGUUUUACAACGAAUACAUCACUACUUUCACGACUUCUAAUGCCAAUUGCACAUUGUGAAUUUCAUAACAUAGAUUUUACGGAAACACAAUUACCUGUUGAUGUGCUUAUUGAAAUUGCAAAAAAAUCAUCGACAACUUUACGACGUGUACAUCUUAUACGACCAGACGAACCAGACAACGGGACAGCGUAUAUCAAUCUCUCUAGUGGAAUAAAAGCAUUGGCCCAACAUGCCACAAAUCUUCGUCAUUUUGAACGGAAUAUUCAUCCGUUGGAAGUUGAUUCAAUAUGUUACUUCUUAGACAUGAUCGGACGAUCUUUGGAAACUUUGUUAAUAGAUUCUAACAUGGAUGAACAUGACAUGUCUAAAUUAAUUGAAAAAAUCGGUAGAAAAUGCCCGAAUUUAUCCGUAUUAAAUAUUAGUUAUUUUGAAUUUAGUCUCAAUGCCUUUGAAUCAUUAGUAAACGGAUGCUCCUUACUGCAUACCUUGAUAAUUAACUUUUCAGAGUCAGUCAAUGACAGAAUAUUAGAGUUACUUAAUCGUGCUAAUGCGUUACAAUCAUUAGAAAUUUUAGGAUGCCCUAAUAUAUCAGAUGAAGCAAUUGAUCGAUUUCAGAGGGAAAGAGAAAUCGAUGUAGAAUACCAAUGA